AAUAUUUUAUUAAUAUAAUAAUUGUUUAAAUGUUCUGGAUAAAAAUAUGAUAAUUAAUCAUCACAUUUAAAAACACUUUUUUGUUCCGCUUGAGACCACGUGUAAGGUUUCACCCCCAUGCGGUGAUUGACAGCAGGGCCAGCCAAUGAGAGGCGAGGUACUCCCGAGCUCAAUGUUCCGCUGAGCCAAUCGGGAGCCAGAAAAGGCGGAGUCGGCGCGCAUGGGCGUGUCUUCGGCAGCUUGACCCCCCCUCCUCCUCCCUUUAGUGAAGUUUUGGAAAAGUGUGGCGGUGAUUCCCCGCCGAACCUCCUCGUCCUGACCCCUAAAGUCCCGGUCCCGGUCGUGGUCCGGUUCUUGGGGUUCGUCAUGCAGAACCGCUGCGUCGCUCGCCUUCUGCUCUUCGCGCUGCUCGGCGUCGAACUCGCCGUCCAGUCUGACGUGGACACGGAGGAGGUGGUGCCGAUGCUGCUGCCCGUCCACCAACCUGCUGACCCGGACCACCUGAUGGUGUCGCUGCCCGCGUUCGGAAGGAAGCUCCGCCUGAACGUAACCCGGGACUUCGGCCUGGUGUCGGCCGCCCUGCUGGUGGAGGACAGGCGAGGGGGGCGGAGUCCGGCGCUCAGCCGACUGGACCGGGACCAGCUCUGCCUCUACUCCGGUUCCGUCCAAGACCACCCGGAAUCCCUGGUGUCUCUCAGCACCUGUGGAGGCCUGACAGGCCUGGUCCACAUGGGACAGGACGUCCUCUUCAUCCGCCCCCUGGGGGUCCCCAAAAGUUCAUCGGAGUCUUUUUCGGGUCUCAAACAUCAGCUGAUGCGACGGCGCCGCCCAGUCCAGAACGCGUCAACUCGGCACGCCAAGAGGUCCGGACGCUGCGGCACCGCACCAGGGAAGAAGAGACCAAAGGUGGGCCAGGAAAACCGGGGGAAGAGGAACGUCAUCGGACUGCAGGAAGCGUACACCGUGGAGACGCUGGUGGUGGCCGACGUGGACAUGGUCCGUUACCAUGGCGCCGAGGCCGCAAAGAGGUUCUUGUUGACCGUCAUGAACAUGGUGUACAACAUGUUCCAGCACCAGAGUCUGGGCGUCAGGAUCAACAUUCAGGUCACCAAGCUGGUUCUGCUUCACAGCCGCCCCGAGAAGCUGAAGGUGGGCCACCAUGGCGAGCGCUCCCUGGAGAGCUUCUGCCACUGGCAGCAUCAGGAGUUUGGAGGUGCGCGCUACCUCGGAACCAACCACCUUCCCGCUGAAGACGUCCCGCCUGUGGACACGGCAGUGCUGGUCACCAGGACAGACUUCUGUGUCCACAAGGAGGAGCCCUGCGACACUGUGGGUAUCGCCUACUUGGGCGGAGUGUGCAGCGCCAAGAGGAAGUGUGUGUUGGCCGAGGACAACGGACUCAAUUUGGCCUUCACCAUCGCUCACGAGCUUGGACACAACAUGGGGAUGAGCCACGACGACGAUCACGCCGCCUGCACGGGCCACGCCUACAUCAUGUCUGGCGAAUGGGUGAAGGGGAGGAACCCCAGCGACCUCUCGUGGUCGUCCUGCAGUCGCGACGACCUGGAGACCUUUCUCAGGUCCAAAUCCAGCGGCUGUCUGCUGCACACGGACCCCAGGAGUCGCUACCAGGUCCGCUUGCCCCCCAAGCUUCCCGGGAUGCACUACAGCGUGGACGAACAGUGCCAGAUCCUGUUCGGAGCCAACACCACCUUCUGCUCCGACAUGGAGCAUCUGAUGUGCACUGGCCUGUGGUGUCUGCUGGAGGGGGACCCCAUAUGCAAGACCAAACUGGACCCCCCUUUGGAUGGAACCGAGUGUGGACCAGACAAGUGGUGCAGGGCGGGGGAGUGUGUGAGUAAAACCCCCAUCCCUCAGCAUGUGGACGGAGACUGGAGUCCAUGGAGUCAAUGGAGCAUGUGCAGCCGCACCUGUGCUACUGGAGUCCGCUUCAGACAGAGGAAGUGUGACAACCCUCCUCCAGGUCCAGGAGGUCAGCAGUGUCAGAAGGCCAGCGUAGAGCACAAAGCCUGCGAGGGUCCUCCCUGCCCCAAGGGGGCGCCAAGCUUCAGAGACCUUCAGUGUUUAUCCUAUGACCGUCACGCCAGCAAGAAGAAGAGCGCCAUGCUGACGGCCAUCAUCAACGAUGAGAAGCCCUGCGUGUUGUUCUGUACUCCAGUGGGUCAGGACGUUCCGGUUCUGAUGGCCGAACGAGUGAUGGACGGCACAGCGUGUGGACCAUACGAGUCGGACCUGUGUGUCAACGGCAGGUGUCAGAAAAUCGGCUGUGACGGCGUCAUCGGGUCUUUGGCCAAGGAGGACCGCUGUGGCCUUUGUAACGGCAAUGGACGCUCGUGUACCAUCGUGAGAGGAGACUUCAACCACACGCAAGGAAUGGGCUACGUGGAGGCGGUGGUUAUUCCUGCUGGGGCACGCAGGAUCAAAGUUGUGGAGGACAAACCUUCCCACAGCUUUCUGGCCCUGAAAGACGCCAGCAAGAAGUCUAUCAACAGCGAUUGGAAGAUUGAGCUCCCAGGAGAGUUUGAGCUGGCUGGGACCACCGUGCGCUACGUCAGGAGGGGAUUGUGGGAGAAGAUGUCUGCCAGGGGGCCCACCAACACGCCCCUCCACCUCAUGGUGCUGCUCUUCCAUGACCGCAGUUAUGGAUUUCACUACGAGUACACGGUGUCCCUGAACGUCUCGCAGGAGAAGAGCAGUGAGGAGAACAAAGACGCAGAACAUCUGUACAUCUGGACACACAGCAGCUGGAACGACUGCACCGUGUACUGUGGAGGAGGGGAGAGGAGGACGGUGGUGUCGUGCAUGAGGAUGGCUAACAAGUCCAUGGAGGUGGUGAAUGAUUCUUACUGUCAGCCUGAGAACCGUCCUCUACCUCAAGUCAGAACCUGCAACUCUCAGCCCUGCCAGUACAGGUGGGUGGUGCCUGAAUGGGGGUCCUGCUCCGUCACCUGUGGUCCGGGCUUCCAGCAGCGCGAGGUCCUUUGCGUGCAGCAGCAGACGAACGGGUCUUUAACCCCCAGCUCCGAGGUCCACUGCCAAGGGGGGCGGCCGCCCGUCCUGCAGGCCUGCGAGGGGCGCCUCUGCCUCAGCGUGUGGGAGGCGUCCGAGUGGUCUCAGUGCUCAUCGGGAUGCGGACCGGGCGUGCACAAGCGGACCGUCACCUGCACCAAUCCCAGGGGUCAAUGUGACCCCCUGUCCCAGCCCACCCAGGAGGAGUCUUGUGAGGACUACUCUAAGUGCUACGAGUGGAAAACUGGCGAUUGGUCCAAGUGUUCAUCCUCCUGUGGGAGGGGCCUGCAGUCCCGGGUGGUCCAGUGUAUGCACAAAGUGACGGGUCGCCACGGCAACGAUUGCCCGUCGCCGCUGAGGCCGCCCACCUACCGACCGUGUGACCAGGGAGCCUGCAUGCAGAAGAUCAACGUCAACACCAUCACGUCGCCCCGCCUGGCUGCUCUCACCUACAAGUGCUCGGGCGACCAGUGGACCGUUUACUGUCGCGUGAUCCGCGAGAAGAACCUGUGCCAGGACAUGCGCUGGUACCAACGCUGCUGCCAGACCUGCAGAGACUUUUACGCCAGCAAGAGUUCCUGACCCGAGCUAUGCCCCCCCCCCCCCCCCACCCCCCACGCCCCCUCGUGUGCCACGCCUCUCUUCCUUUGUAUUCACUGCGGCAAGCAGGAAGUGAGCGCCGACGCUUACCGGCUUUGAUGAAGACUUGAAAAUGUCCGGCAGAUUUUCUGCUCCGCUCCCAAAAAAAAAAAAGAAAAAAGCCAAAGCAGGUGGCGCCAUUGCACACGUUUGAAAGAGGUGGCGAGAGCCAAACGUUAAAUAAUCCUUGUUGUACUGUACGCUAACGCUAACGAUUACGUCGCCAGGGAAAGGCUUCUGUGAAUGAAGCUACCAGCCCCCCCACCACCUGAGGGUACGCCCCUUGUCACCCACGCUAGCCAAACCGAGCAAGUUGAUGGAUUGUUUUGUGGCGCGCCAUUUGGUGGUCAUGUUGUGCCUGACUAAAAAUAUGCACUUUGUC